CAGCGUUGGAGUCACGUUGGAGUUCAAGAAAUAAGACUGCUCAAGAAGAAUAAGUAAAUUGAAUAUUCUCCAAGAAAGAACAAUGACCAUGAUGAUACCAGACCAUCUGUUCGAGGAGGGAAUAAACAACUCUCUCCUCAGAAACGAAAUGAAAAAUGUGCAGAUGAACAAGUCUGUGUAUGACAAGUCGCAGCGUGAUUACGAGCGUGAACAACGCUACCUCCUGUCCUCGCAAGAUGGCGACAUCUGCGAGAUCCACGACCAGUUCUACCGCGACCACAAGCUGCUGCUGGUGCUGUUCCGAGCACUGGCCGUCAUGCCUAUCACCAGGUCACGACCAGGUACAAUCACGUUCAGCUGGCGGUCCCGCGCCACCGCCUACGCGAUAUUCUUCUACAUCGUCACCACCGUCAUCGUCCUCGCUGUCGGCUACGAACGCAUCAUGAUACUGCGCUCUAUCAAGAAGUUCGACGACUACAUCUACUCGAUCCUCUUCGUCGCAUUCCUCGUGCCGCACUUCUGGAUACCUUUCGUCGGAUGGGGCGUGGCCCAGCAGGUCGCGAUUUACAAGACCAGCUGGGGGAAGUUUCAAGUGAGAUACUACCGAGUGACCGGCCAAGAUCUGAAGUUCCCAAACCUGAAGACUACCAUCGUCAUCAUCAGCAUCGGCUGCCUGCUGCUAGCUGUGUGCUUCCUCCUCAGCCUGUGUGCUCUGCUGGACGGGUUCCUGCUGCGACACACCACGGCAUAUUACCACAUCAUCACCAUGAUUAACAUGAACUGCGCGUUGUGGUAUAUCAACUGUAGGGGCAUCAAGGUCGCCUCGCAGAGUCUUUCGGAGUGCUUUCGUAGGGACGUGAACAUAGAGUGCACGGCGAAGCUGAUAUCGAGCUACCGCUACCUGUGGCUGAACCUGUCGGAGCUGCUGCAGUCGCUGGGCAACGCCUACGCCAGGACGUACUCCACAUACUGCCUGUUCAUGUUCUUCAACAUAACGAUAGCAGUGUACGGCGCGCUGUCGGAGAUCGUGGACCACGGUUUCGGGUUCAGCUUCAAGGAGAUGGGGCUGUUCGUGGACGCGCUCUACUGCUCCACGCUGCUCUUCAUCUUCGCUGACUGCUCGCACAAGUCCACCUUGAAGGUGGCGGCAGGGGUUCAGGAUACUUUACUCUCGAUUGAUGUUUUAUCCGUUGACCGACCUACGCAGAAAGAGAUCGAUCACUUCAUCCAGGCUAUUGAGAUGAACCCAGCCGUGGUCAGCCUCAAAGGAUACGCUCAUGUCAAUAGAGAGCUGCUCACUUCGGCUAUAAGCAUGAUAGCUAUAUACCUGAUCGUGCUGCUGCAGUUCAAGAUAUCGCUUCUGAAGACUGCUGAUGUACCCAUCGCUGAUGCUUGAGCAACUUUUGAAUAUCGUCUCAUCAUCAU